ACACCCGCCGAUCCUUCUAUCUAUAGACCUUGUGUGUAACCCGUUUCACCAGAAACGUAAACAAAACAAAGAGCCGGCUGAUUAUUGCUGUUUUUCACACAUUGUAAAAAGUUUGAUAAAUUUUGUACCGUUUUCUGUAAACAAUGUCGGCCGCAAAGCUGGUACAGUACAUUGUUGUAAAUGGAGAAAUAGCUAGAACCUGGCCUAAAGGUGCGCUUAUCGCACAGUGUUGUCAUGCCGUAGCUGCAAUUGGGCAUUUAUACGCCGCUGAUCCGGAUACCGUAGAAUAUUUUAAGGACUUAGAUAAUAUGCAUAAAGUAGUACUGGAGGCACCUGAUGCGGCGAAACUUGUUAGCCUGGGAGAAGUGUUGCAACAGAACGAGGUCAAACAUAAGGUGUGGAUAGAGCAGCCCGAAAAUCUACCAACAUGCAUUGCACUGAAACCGUACCCUAAGGAAGAGGUGCAAAAAUAUAUGAAGAAAUUCAAACUGCUUAGCUAA